UGGAGACCAAAAGCGCGUCACUGAGAGGAAACGAGGAAGGAGAGAGAGAGAGAGAGAGAGAGAGAGAGAGAGUGAGGGAGCACUGGGUACUGGACUCUGGGAUCGUCGCCGUGAUCGGAUCCGAGCCCUCGGUGGCCGGUCGUGGUGUUGGCGGCGUAGGCGGAGGCGCCGGCGAUCGUUGCUGGAGCUUUGCGUUCUAUUUCGCGGGAUCUCGGACUAUGGUCAGAUGGUUCUGGACCAUUUCCUACCUAUAUAGCCUUUGGAGCACUCUGACUUCCCUAAUGUUGUAACCCAUGUCAUUUCAUUUCCAUCUCCUCCUUUGACAGCAAUUACUCUAAUGUGACUCACCAUUCUAAUCAACAAGCACUAGCUUAUGAUCUUUCCUGAACCAAGGCUUCUUCUCUCGACAACCACGUCAACCUUUGUGUUUGGCGUGUGCGCUAGAGGGAAGAGCCAGAAGUUCUCUGUUCAAUUGUGUUUCAUCUCCAAGCACCAUGGCUCCUAAUGCAGACAGCCCAGUCCAGACCCAAGUGGCUCUUGCAGUCCCAAACCACAGCAUCAGCAGCGAGCAUCAUGGGAGCAGGAGCUCGGAGGCCAAACAUGUGGCAAGAAGACGGGUGUUUGUACAGACUGAGACUGGGUGUGUGUUGGGUAUAGAGUUGGACCGUGGAGACAAUGUGCACACUGUGAAACGAAGGUUGCAGUUGGCCCUUAAUGUCCCCACUGAGGAAAGUUCUCUCACAUAUGGUGAUCGUGUGCUGAAGAAUGAUCUGAGUGCUAUCAGGAAUGACUCACCAUUGCUCCUUAGGAGGAAUCUUAUUCAGAGGAGUUCCUCCUCCCCGUGUCUAUCUCCCACUGCAAAGGAUCUUCUGCAGAGAGAUCGAAGUGGCCCAAUUGAGAUAUUGGGUUGCUCAAACAGCUGUUCUAUGAAACAGCUUGUUAAGGAUGCUGUGAAGGCUAUAAAAAAUGGUGUUGACCCUCUGCCUGUUCACAGUGGACUUGGGGGUGCUUACUAUUUCAGAAACUCCAGGGGUGAGAGGGUUGCAAUUGUGAAACCAACUGAUGAGGAGCCAUUUGCACCCAACAACCCCAAAGGCUUUGUUGGGAAAACUCUUGGCCAGCCGGGCCUCAAAAGGUCUGUUCGAGUUGGUGAGACAGGUUACAGGGAGGUUGCUGCUUACCUUCUGGACUAUGAUCACUUUGCAAAUGUUCCACCCACAGUCUUGGUUAAGAUCACCCACUCAAUCUUUCAUGUUAAUGAGGGGGUGAGUUGUAGCAAGAACAAGCCACAUGACGAGAACUCCAGUGCCAUGAGCAAGAUCGCAUCAUUUCAGCAGUUUAUUCCCCACGACUUUGAUGCCAGUGACCAUGGGACCUCUUGCUUCCCUGUUGCAGCUGUACAUAGGAUUGGAAUACUUGAUAUCAGAAUCUUCAACACAGACAGACACGCAGGAAAUCUUCUGGUUAAGAAGCUCAGAGGUGGGGAUGGUAGGUUUGGUGGUCAAAUGGAUCUCAUCCCAAUUGAUCAUGGUCUCUGUCUUCCAGAGAACUUGGAAGACCCAUACUUUGAAUGGAUCCACUGGCCACAGGCAUCUAUUCCAUUUUCUGAUGAUGAGCUCAAGUACAUUGAGGAUCUUGAUCCUUCAAGGGAUUCCGACAUGCUUCGAUCUGAGCUGCCUAUGAUUCGUGAGGCAUGCCUCCGUGUUCUAGUUUUGUGCACCAUUUUCCUGAAAGAAGCAGCAGCAUUUGGGCUUUGCCUUGCAGAAAUCGGUGAGAUGAUGAGCAGGGAGUUUAAAGGAGGUUUAGAAGAAGAACCAAGUGAGCUAGAGAUCUUGUGCAUUGAAUCAAAGCGAUUAGUCACUGAACACAGUGUAUUCAUUUCAGAAGCUGAGUCUGGAGGUGAAGAUGAUAUUCAGUUUGAGAUCGACUGUGGUGAAGAGGAUGAGCUGACAAUGCAGGUAGGAGUUCAACCAUCCUCUCAUUCUAGGAACCCAUUUUCAAGGCUACAGAUCUUGGAGGAGGAGGAUGAAGAUGGAGAUGGAGAUGGAGAUGAAGAUGACACUGAACUAAGUCCACUUCGUAGUGUACUGCCUCGAAAUGUUUCAAAACUUUCAAUGUCAUUGAAGGAUGUCAGUCUGGCUGAGAAGCAUAACCAACUGAAACAGCAAGGCUGGUUCUCUAAAGGAGGUAAAACUAGUACUAAAACUAACUAUAGUUAUGGUGUAAAGCAUCCAAAUGGAAACAGGAGUGCAAAUGAGCAGCUCCCUGCAAGCCAAAGCUUUGUGAAACUAGCAGACAUGAGUGAUGACCAAUGGGGGGCAUUCCUCGAGAAGUUCCAGGAGUUACUGCCAGGUGCAUUCCGUGACCGGAAGUCCCGUGUUGCCGGACAAAGACAGAGGCAGAGGCUAGGUACUUCCUGCCAGUUUUGAGUAGGAGUGAAUGAAGAGUUUAGAUGCAAUGUCAGUUUGUUGUACUGCAUGAUGCCCUUUGCCGGGUUUCACUCAGGAAUAAAAGCCACCAUGAAGGAAUGGCUAUAAGUUUGAAGUUUCUGAUAGAAAACAGCGUUGUUUGCGUUGUAAAUAGGUGUUAGCUUCUUGUAGAAUAUCAGCAAUUAUAUGUUUGAGGUGAGUCUGAUGACAAUUCCUCUCUUAUCUUUUUCCUUUUUUUUUUUUGUUAAAAAAAUUGUAGUGCCUUUUAUGAAUGCUUCUUUUGUGA